UUAACGGAACGGUUCACCAACUCCGGAAUGCGGGUUCCCUCCAAAAUCGGAGUGCUAGAGUGAUAGAGUUCUAGAGGACCCACACAUCCCACCCGCAGGUGUUUGGCGCCAAGUUGCCCAAGAGAGACAAAUUGUUUAUCUUGUGUGAAGUGCUGCAUGGCCACCCGCUCAUCGGCCACCCACUUUAGCUCCAGUGAAAGUUUGUUGUCGCCAUCGCCAUCGCCAUAGCCGUUGCCACUCCGGUGGCGUUUUGUGGCUGCCGUCUGUGGAAAGUGCCUAACCGAAUACAGUUGGAUCCGUGCGGUUUCGGGGAGCCGAAAUCGGAUGACAUUAUCUCCCAAGAGCCGGGGGUCUGGUUCUAUUGGGUCUGGUGGUUGGCGGAGCCAAGUGGAGGUAAAGUGGCAUGCGGCCGGGCGACUCGACUCGGAAUUAAAAGCGGAACAAGGCGUCGCACCUUGGGCAUGCAUCUUUAAUCAGGCCCCAAUGAAUUUCCGCGCGAAAUGUUUACGGCCUAUGAAUAAGCAAUGAAAUAAGCGCUCCCGGGCAUUUGUCAUUUGGCAAAGUGAAAAUUGAAGUGACUGUGAAUAUAGCGACAAAUAGCGACAAAUUGCGACAAAUGUGCUCGAGCAGCCCGGAUUAAAGCAAGUCUAGGCAAUCUGGGCAUAAUUUCUUCUUAACUAGUCACCGUCACCGCAACAAAAGCAACAAAGGAUGGAUGCCAAAGCUGGCUUAAGUGCGCUGGAGGAGAGGUCCCUGAAAGGUUCAGAGAAACUUAAAAUGCUGGACAUCACUCGCGACAAGCCGGUCAAGGUGGCCGUCAAAGUGGCGGUUCCUGUGCGGGAUCACCCAAAGUUCAAUUUCGUGGGCAAGCUGCUCGGACCCAAGGGCAACUCGAUGAAGCGCCUGCAGGAGGACACAAUGUGCAAGAUGGCCGUCCUGGGACGCGGCUCGAUGCGGGACCGGCGGAAGGAGGAGGAGCUGAGGGGCAGCGGCGACAGUCGCUACGCCCACCUCUUCGAGGACCUGCACGUGGAGAUCUCGACCUUCGCGGCUCCGGCGGAGGCCCACGCCCGGAUCGCCUACGCGCUGGCGGAAGUGCGCCGCUUUCUGGUUCCGGACUACCACGAUGACAUCCGCCAGGAGCAGAUGUGGGAGAUGCAGGCGCUGACGUCCACGCCCGCACUGGGUGCCCACUCGCUGGAGGACUCGCAGAGUCCCACCAUCAACACUAGCAACCAGGUGGGCGGCGCCACCACCUCCUCAUCCAGCGGGGCCAGUGGGCGUGGCCUGGGCGGCGGACUGGCCGACAUGGACACGUCCAACGAUGACAAAUCGGACGAUGCCAGCGGCAUGGAGUGCCUGUCCGCAGUCGACAAGCUCGACUGCUCGUCCAGCUGCGCUAGCCUGGGAAUCACCGGAAUCACGACCAUCAGCACGACCAGCUCCGAGCAUCCGCAUCCGCAUCAGCACCAGCACCACGCCCACCUGCACCCCGCACACGCCCACGGAAACCAGCAACAACAGCAGCACCACCACCAGCAGCACCACCAUAGCCAUAGUCACAGCCAUAGCCACCAGGCGCACUUCCACCAGCUGCUCCAGCAGGCCCACGGCGGAGCAAGUACCGCGGCGGCGGCUGCCUGCGGGGAGCAUCUCUCCGGACAGGCGACUCCUACGACGGCGGCGGCACUGCACACCACAGCCAUGGCAGUGGCACUCCAGCAUCAGUUGACAGCCGCAGGAAUCGGAGGACUCCUGAAGCCGGCCACCGGAGUGGGGGCCACCAUGGCCGGCCUGCCCACCACCCAGGCGGGAGUGGGAGUGGGAGUGGGCGUGGGUGCCGCCGCCCUGCAGUUGUCCGGCGACGGGGAGUCAUCCGGAUCGACGCUCACGCUGCUGGAGCCACCGGGCACCGCCCUCCUGCAUCCCGCUCUGCGCAACGUCAAGACCAUCAACAUAGGUGGCGGCCUGGGAAGGAAGCGCCCGCUGCUGGGAGUUCCCCGCUCCGGAAUGAACCCCACCAAGCGGACGGUGAUGAGUCUGCUGGCCAGGGCCAAGAAUUCGCAGGCGCUGCACUCGGUCCGCCAGCCGAUGGUGACGGCCACCAGUUUCGCUGAACCCUUGCAGAUGCUGGCCUCGCCCUUCAUCAUUCCGCACCAGGCGGUGGACCAGCCGAUCCUGGCGCUGUCGAAGGAGGGCCUCGCCCAGGGCGUCUAACCCAGUGACCUGCUCCACCUGCGGCUGCCCAGAUAGACCAAUCUGACCGAUUACCACCUGCCCCGCCUCCCACUUCGAGGACGAGCGAGAAUCUCGAGGGGAUUACCCAAUAUUACUAAGCGAUGUUGGCGCAGCUGAUGCGUACUUUCCACGUAGUAAGGCUAUACCGAUCUUUAGGGACUAACUGUGAACUUAUCCGAGCGAAAUCUCGAGCUCGUGCUACACGAUUUUAUUUUUUACAGAGAAUAAACGGAGCGUCUAUUUGCAAUGCGAUGUUUUAUUUCCACAGAUGCAAGCCUAGGCCAAAAAAAAAAAAAACAAAGUCGAAAUGUUCGAUCUAAUGGAACAGAGUUUAAACUUUAAACUAAAGAAAUUGAAACCUAAAAUUAGUGUCAAAUUAAAAUGAGAGCAACUUCAAUAGAAAUAAAUGUAAACGCAAUUACUUUAAACAAAUUACUUUAAAUAAAUAUACACACAAAUACGAAUGCGAAAUGCAAAAACCGAACACGAGUACCAUAAAAGAUAUAUAUACAAGACAUACGAACACGUAUACAAGCAUAUACCAAUAUAAAUAUGUGUGUACUUAAAUCUAUAUUAACUUAAGAUUAAACCAAACCAAACGAAACUACUAAAUUAAUGAGAUAAUACAAUAAUUUUAAUGUAUUUUAACAGUCACAAAACGAGGACAAAGUCAGGCCGAAUAUAAAAGAAGAAAGGAAAUGGAAAGAAAAGAAAAGAAAAGAAAAGAAAAAGAAAAGGAAAAGAAAGUAGAAGGAUAUAGAAAGUUGAGGUAGAACCCCCGAUCAGAGAGAUCCCACCGCCUUCAGCUUGCGUUGCCUGAUUGAUUCCACAUUGAGUCCCCUCAGAUCCAAAGCUACAGCUGAUAGAUAUGAUAGUUCGGUUUCAGUUUUAGAACGGAAAGUUUCAGAACAUCGAAAGCAGCGAUCGCCUAUAGAGUUAUAUUUUUUGUUCAGAUUAUAUAUACACGCACUUACGGAUAAAGUAUGGAAAGGUCUUUGAUCUGAGUCUAGCUAGAUGUUACAUCCCCUCCACUUCACUGCGAUGCUUCGAUUUACUCAAAUGUAUGUUUAUGUAUGAUAUUGAGACUAUAGGAAUUUCAUCUCACAGUUAUAUGUCGAGUACUUUGGGAGCCACUGUAACGAGUAUUCCAGCAGAUAAUUCCGAUUUCACGUCGAGAGUUCACUUUAGCUAACCAGUUACUUUGUUGACUGUGCACAACCCACAUAGUACAUAAAUAGUACUUAAAUAGCGUUAACCGAUAUACAAUAACAAACAUUACUCAAUAAAUGUUCACAGAAAGUUUAAUCAAAAAACAAAACGAAUAUUUACAGCGUAAAGUAAAAGUAGAGUUAAAGCAAAAUAUUGAUGUUCAAAGAAAGCAAAUCCGUGAAAGGUCCUACUCAUGUCAUUAAUGUAGAUGUCAAAUAUGCAAAACGAAUUAAAUAAUUAAACCAGUCUUUAAUGUGAAAAAUUUCAGCAAAAUUCCACCACAACCACCAAAUACCACACAAACCGCCACCACCACCACCACCACCACAAACAACAACACAGCUUCGAGCUAUUCACAAAUAAAAUGCAAUAUUUUAAAAAUAAA